AUGAGCCGUGGUGGUAGCACCGGUGGUGGUCAAAGUUCUCUGGGCUACCUCUUUGGAAGCGGUGAGCCCCCCAAACCGGCAGUGGCACCAGCUGCAAGUGCUCCACCUGCUGAGAAACCACCUGCUGCAAAGGCUAAUGUGAACAAGCAGAUUGCUGCUGGGGUUACCAGACAAACCAAUAACUACCACAGGGCUGAUGGUCAGAACACCGGGAACUUCCUUACGGACCCAAGCCCCAAACCCCAAGAUACAGCAUCGAUGGACAUUGAGCGAUGCAGGAUAUGGUGGCCACGCCAGGAGCUGCAGCUCAAGCACAAGCCUUUCUCACUGAGGCUCGUCCUGUUCGGAUGGUUCUUCAGCAGUGCUGGUUCUAUCGACAUCGUCAUCUCUGCAGUUGUGCCCCAAGAUCACAUCCUGCGCUCUUUUGCCACACUCGACACCCUCCAGACCAUCGUCCUUUCCUCAAAUAAAAGGAUGCCAGUAAGCCUGCAAGAAUCUGCUGCAUUUACCAUUCUUGGGGAUUGUGGCCGACACCCCCCUAAAGAGUUAGAAGAAUACUGCUUUAAUAAAUUAGAGCAGCUGCCCUUGGAUGCAAACGUUGUUCAGAAAGAACAUUUUGGCACAAGAAGAAACAAUGCCAUGAUUGGAUCAGUUGGGAAUGGGGAUCAGGGUCCAAGUUAUGAUCAUAGAACAUGGGGAUGCGAUUGUUGUGUGUUGGAUGGUUUUCUGGAUGCUUGCAGAAAGUCUGCAGUCAAAGAGGGCAGUUGGGUGCACUUGUGUCGGAAGUUUGGAAAGAACUUUAAGAGCAACCUGAAUCAAGUUCCAGUUCUUCACCAUUUGUAUCUUGAUGGCCAACAGAUUGCAAACAAUCGUUGCCACGUCAUACUAUAUGAGGUUCCGACCAUCGGCAGAAACCAUUUUUCACUGGGUUUGGAUGCACCUCGUAAGUUGAAUGUUUCAUUCAAAAAGCCAAAUUGGAUAAAUGAUUUACAAAAGCAACCAGCAUUUCUUGAUUUGGAUUCAAUUGUUUUGGCGCUUAAUUGUUCAAAUGCAGCUAGACUGCCAGACACUCAGGAAUGUUCUACCACAAGCUCUGGGGCUUAUUUCAUCUCUGCAUCUGUAUAUGAUGUCUUAGUUCAAGUAACAUGGCACUGCGUGGGGAUAUUUUUGGCUUCAGCAUCAACUAUUCUCUACAUCAUGAUUCUAAUGUUCCGGAAAUGUUUAAGCCAUAUGCCCCAGUACUUGAUGCUAAAUAAGGUUUUCAGACAUUCAUGGAAUAACAUUCAUCUUCGCAGCUGUCAAAUUCUCUACUGGCCAAUUGUCCUCCAAGAUGCUUCCCUAAGCUCCACUGUGAAUGUCGAAUAUGUGCACAAAGCUGCAAUACGGAAGCAUGCUUUGUGGUCAAGUAUCAUUGUGGAUCUCCUGAUGGGUUCUGUCCUUGGAGCAGCAUUCUUGUUAAAUACAGAGACUAUUUGUAUUUGGACUAUUGCUCUCGUCCACCACAUGACAGAAGCAAUCUUGAGAUCUGGUUGUGUGUGGCUGAUGGGUGUUCCAGCUGGUUUUAAGCUGAAUACAGAGUUAGCAGAGCUCUUAGGCAUGAUUUCUCUUAAUGCAGUUCAAAUUUACUCUACCCUUUGGUUCUUCGUGGGAGGCUACCUGAGGCAUAUAAUUCAAGGCAUUGCAGUCUCUGGAAUUAUUUUAGGUCUGACAACUCCAGUUUCUUUCUUUAUUGACAUUAUCCAGCUUGCUACGUUGCAUGUUACCAUGCUUCACUGGUUAAUCUCAUCGUUAUAUUCAAGACAGAUUCAGACAGUAGCAUCAUUGUGGCGUCUUUUCAGAGGGCGCAAAUGGAAUCCUCUUAGGCAGAGGCUAGAUAGUUAUGACUACACAGUUGAACAGCACGUUGUUGGUUCCCUGCUGUUUACACCAGUCCUACUUCUUAUACCUACAACUUCUGUAUUCUAUGUAUUCUUCUCUAUCUUGACAACAACGGUUAUCUGGGUGUGUGUGAUGCUGGAAAUUGUCAUCGCUGUAAUCCAAUCCACUCCUUAUGCUGAGUUAACUCUAUGGAUGAUGAGGAGGCACAUAUUUCCUGCUGGAUUAUUUUUCCUUCAUGUGACAUCAAGUGGACAUACUUCUGAAGAUGGCGACCUAUCAGCCCAUCCAAUCAGAUGUUGCAAUGAAAGGAGAAAGGAGGAUCUAAUCGACAAACUAUCAGAAUCAUUAGUUUCAGAACUUCAUUGCAGCUAUGCCACUCUUGUUCAAGUAAUCAGAUCAAAUUACGAGAGAGUUUUCAACAGGACUGGUUACUCCUUUUGCAAACAAUUGGCAUACGGGAUCCUUAGCGGUGAAAGGGUGCCUUCAUCGCUGCAUCUGCAGCCGUCUCCCUCAUUUCCCUGGAUGAACAUUGGUAUUACAGAGUAUUGGAUGCACUGCUAUGUUUCUGUCCUUCAGUGUGCACCAAAGAGUUUUGAUUUGCACUUUGGAUUUACGAACAAGAUCUCACCAAUUGCUGAUAUUUUCAGAGGUCCAUGA